UUGUUUCCCGGUUUAAAUUAUCGUUUAAGUUCCUAGUCUCCUCAAUUCCGCGUAAACGGACACUCCACGCGUGUCCGUGAUUAUGUGAUCCGCGCAGCGAGGAAAAACGUGGUGAAAAGGAGCUUUAAAGCCAGCAGUCGGUGACACGCGGAAUGUUUGGUGCUACCCGGAAGAAGUUUAUGGAGGGGGGGAUCGAGAGCGAGUACGCUUCGGACGACUCCGGCCUCUACUAUGGCCACACGUCCAUGUUCGCUCCUCAUCGAGCCGACAAAGAUAUGCUGUCGUCUUCCUCCUCAACGAGUCAGCUGUCACAGCUGGGAGCCAGCUUAUACGCCCCACAGAGUGCUCUGGGCUUCCCUCUGCGCGGGAUCAACAGCAGCGCAGCUGCACCGCUAAGUCGAAGCUCGCUGAACCAGCCUGCCAGCCAGCUCUCUGGUCACACCAGUACUCCCAACUCUGGACAGCUGCACACGCCCCCCUCACCCAGCAGGGGGUCCAUCAUGCCCAUAAGUAGCCGGAGCGUGCUGAACCACAACCAGCAGGUCGGCGGACCAACGGGGCAGACGAGCGGGUUAGGAGGUGGGGGAGGAGAGAGGGGAGGCGGCGGGGGGAGGAGCGGCACCAUGGGGAGUCCCAGCCGGUCGUCUCCGAGCAUCAUCGGCAUGCCCAAACAGCAGCAGGCGCGGCAGCCGUUCUCCUUCAACAGGAAUCCAGGCUUCAACAUGAGAGAGUCCUUAACCAGCAACAUCUUCAACGGCACAGACGGCAGUGAGAAUGUGACGGGGUUGGAUCUGUCAGACUUCCCGGCACUGGCGGACCGGAGCCGGAGAGACGGAAAUUCGAAUCCCACGCCGCAGCUCAACCCGCUGGCCGGUCGGGCGCCCUACGUUGGCAUGGUAACCAAGCCAUCCAGUGAACAGUCACAGGACUUCUCGAUCCAUAACGAGGACUUCCCAGCUCUCCCAGGGCCAAACUACCAAACAAAAGACGCCAGCAGCAACAACGACGACAAAACGAACCUGAACUCAUCGGGGAAGGCCUCCUCCAGUGUCGACGGUCCGAAGUUUCCUGGCGAUAAGAGCUCUGCUCCCAGCAACAACAACCAGCAGAAGAAAGGGAUUCAGGUGCUUCCUGAUGGCCGGGUGACCAACAUUCCCGUCGGCAUGGUAACGGACCAGUUCGGGAUGAUCGGCUUGUUGACGUUUAUCCGGGCGGCAGAGACGGAUCCUGGCAUGGUCCACCUGGCACUGGGCUCAGACCUGACGACGCUCGGCCUGAACCUCAACUCGCCUGAGAACCUCUACCCUAAGUUUGCGUCUCCGUGGGCGUCGGCGCCUUGUCGGCCGCAGGACAUCGACUUCCACGUCCCCUCAGAGUACCUAACCAACAUCCACAUAAGGGACAAGUUAGCAGCCAUUAAGUUGUCUCGGUACGGUGAAGAUCUGCUGUUUUAUCUCUACUACAUGAACGGAGGAGACCUGCUACAACUCCUGGCUGCAGUAGAACUUUUUAAUCGGGACUGGAGGUAUCAUAAAGAGGAGCGGGUUUGGAUAACACGGGCCCCUGGAAUGGAGCCCACGUUAAAAACCAACGCCUACGAAAGAGGGACCUACUACUUCUUCGAUUGUCUCAACUGGAGGAAGGUGGCUAAGGAGUUUCAUCUUGAAUAUGACAAACUAGAAGAGCGACCCCACGUUCCCUCCACUUUCAACUACAAUCCUGCCCAGCAGGCCUUCUGAUUGGCUCUCCUCUCCUGCCUGCCUGCCUGCCAUUGGCCCUCCUGGCUCAUCAGUCCCCGCCCCUCCAGGUUUUCCCACCUCUGCACUCUCUAAUGAAUCUGGCCCGUGAGGACUCAGGACGGUCCCGGCGUCUCUGACAGACUUCAUCAUUUUAACGUUUUUCUCUUUUAUGUUUGUCCUUUUACCUCAUUUUUAUUUUCAUUUUAUUCUCCUCCAUACGUUGCUUUGGUCUGAUGAGUGAAACCCAGACAGAGAGGGGAGCUUUUAAUAACUAUCCAUCUGCUCGACUGAUUCCUUCCUUCAAUCAUCUGAAAACCCGACUGUUGUUUUCUAAGGAGGCUUUUAUGAAGAACCAGAUUUUAACAGAAAACCGGGUUAAUUCGCCCGUCAGAUGGAUACUUAUUUGGCUCUGAUGCAGAACAAGCUGAAAUAUUUUUCAUUUUCACCAGAAAUACAGAUCAGGACACACAUCACCACACUGUGGGCAAUCAGGAGAAAAAAUGCAAUGUACAUUGUAGCACUAUUUCAUAAUAAAAGAGAAAACUAUAUAUUUUUUCUGUUUUCUUGAUGUUAUCUAGUGAAUUUAGAAACAUUUAUUUGGAUCCGGUUCGGUUCUUGACACCUGAAACAGGUUCUUUAGCAAAUCAGUUAUUCUCAUCCUGUAGGUAAAUCUCGCUAACAUUAAUAAAAAAGAACUUUCUUUUUAUUGUCAACAAAUCAUAUGGUAGAACCCAAAUCAGUUGGAUGAAUAAACACUUUUUCAGCUGUUUAGUAAAAAUGUGAAUCUCCCAAAUUCUGAUUUAGCUAAAUGAACGUUAAGGCAUUUCAGCUUGACAUCAUAUCCGUUGUAACCCAGUCAGAGAAAUGUAUAAAUGCGGGUUAGAAGUGAGAAACUCAGGGUUCCUACGUAGAAUUUACAGAUGUUCUCCUUCACUCUCAAACACUUUUCUGUCAACCAGCCGUUUAAACGGCCUCAGCGGCUACAUUUUGGCAUCGUUUACUGAGAAAAAGAUAUUAAAUGGAGGUUUUGAUCUUCCUUCCCGUUUAUGCCAAAGUUUGGGAUUCUUUUAAACGAUUUAAAAAGUAAAAAAAAAAGAGGGGGGGAAAGUAAGACUAAGAAAAAAAAAGGCUUAAAGUGCAUAAUGGCACAGCUAGAAGUUUAGUUUAAUUCAUUUAUUAUGUUCAUUUUAGUUUUAUGGGUUGUUUAAAUGUGCCAAGAAUGAACAACUUCUAUAAAAUGGAGG